UAAGAAACCGUCGGAUUUCGGAGGUCGGAGCAACAAAUUAUGCUUCAAUAAUUCGUAUAAAACAUACUUUUGGCGCCUUUGAAAAGCAAGAACUCCCCAACCCCACCAACUUCUGUAAAGCCAAGCCAACACCAUCAACUACUGACUCCCCAUUCUCAUUUCUCACCGAUCAUCUUCCAAAUCCAAAUGGCCUCUUCCUCGAAAACCCUAACCCUAGACUCCUCCCAACUCUUCCUGGCCGCUCUCCAAUCCCAAUCAUUACCACCACCAUCACCCUUCUCUCUUUCUACUCCCAUUCCCUCCUCCUCCUCCUCCUAUCCCCCUUCCAAACUCAUCCCCAACACCCGUUUCCUCGUAGACGCCUUCCGCGGCGAUUCCAGUUUCUCCGUCUCCUACUUCCUCUCCCACUUCCACUCUGAUCACUACGCCGGCCUCUCCCCCACCUGGUCCAAAGGCAUCAUCUUCUCUUCCCCCACCACCGCCCUUCUCCUCACCCGCGUUCUCAAACUCCCCUCCCCCUUUGUCGUCCCUUUACCGCUCCGCCAAACUUUUGUCAUUGACGGCUGUCAGGUCACCCUCAUUGACGCCAAUCACUGCCCUGGUGCCGUCCAGUUCUUCUUCAACAUUCCUGGCCCCAACGGUGGCAGGUAUGUUCACACCGGCGAUUUUCGGUUUUCUCAUUCCAUGAGAUUUGACUCUUUUCUAACUCAAUUUAUUGGUUCUGAUGCUGUUUUCUUGGAUACCACUUAUUGUAAUCCCAAAUUUGUGUUUCCUUCGCAAGAUGAGUCUAUUGAUUAUGUUGUUAGUGUGAUCGAUAGAGUAAGAGUAGGAGUAGGAGUAGGAGGUGAGGGUGAUUCAUUGAGGGAUGUUUUGUUUCUUGUCGCUACUUAUGUUGUUGGGAAAGAGAGGAUUUUGCUCGAGAUUGCCCGGAGGUGUAAUCGGAAGAUACACGUCGACGCUAGGAAGAUGGAGGUUUUGCGUGUUUUGGGGUAUGGCGAGAGCGGGUUGUUUACAGAGGACGUGUGUGAAAGUGAUGUUCAUGUUGUUGGGUGGAAUGUUUUGGGUGAGACGUGGCCGUAUUUUAGGCCUAAUUUCGUGAGAAUGAAGGAGAUCAUGGAUGAAAGAGGCUACUCUAAGGUUGUGGGUUUUGUUCCGACAGGGUGGACUUAUGAAGUGAAGCGCAAUAAGUUUGCUGUCAGAACUAAGGAUUCCUUUGAGAUUCAUCUUGUUCCGUAUAGUGAACAUUCAAACUAUGACGAACUUAGGGAAUAUGUGAAGUUAUUAAAACCAAAGCGUGUCAUUCCUACCGUGGGUUUGGAUGUUGAAAACCUUGAUAGCAAGCAUGCUGAUAAAAUGCAAAAGCAUUUUGCAGGGUUAGUUGAUGAAAUGGCCAAUAAGCAAGAGUUCUUAAGGGGUUUUUAUCGAGGGUCCUGUGAAGUGGUUGACAAGGUUGAAAGAGAUGCCAGCACUAAUGAGGAGCUGGACAAGGAGAAUGAGAUCAAGGAAACUAAGGCAAAGGGCAGUGAUAUUAAAGAACCUGGUACACAAGAUCCAGUUGUCUUGAAUGAUGAGGAUAUAUCUUCUCUUCAACAAUCCAGUUCACAGGAUCCAGUUAUGCUGAAUGAUGAGGACACGGAGAAACUCGUUCAGGAACUUCGUGAUUGUUUGCCCACAUGGGUCACUCACAACCAGAUAUUAGAUCUGAUUAGCAGCUCAGGAAGGAAUAUUGUUGAAGCGGUGUCUAAUUUUUAUGAACGUGAAACUGAAUUUCAUGAGCAAGUCCUUGCUAGUACAGCUACAACAUCUGUGUCCACUUCUCAAAGUAGCUCACUUAAUGUCUCCGCUUCACUUUCACAAGCAGGUUUUGUUAUGAGUAGUCCUAUUGGAAGCAUUGACAAUGCUUUAAGUAAAGUCUAUAAGUCAGCCAACCUGAAGCAUUCUCGUAAGAGUAAUAUUUCCCUUGGCAAAGGUAAGGGGACUAUUGACAAUAAGCCAAACAAGAAAGUUAAAGUCAAUUCAAUUAAGAGUGGCACUUCUCCUGGAAAAAGGAAGAUGAAUGUUGAGAAUAAGACAAACAAGAAGGUUAAUUCAAAGUUGGAAUCUGGUGGUUCAAAACAAUCUACAAUAACAAGUUUCUUCAGUAAAGUUUUGCCUGAUGUUUCUGAAGGUGGUAAGGUAGGAACUUUGUUUGAGCAGAGCCCUAUAGAUGAAAAUCUGUUGCCUGAUGAUUCUGCCAAAUUUUACAGGGAUGAAAUAGACCAGUUUAUUCAAAUAAUAAAUGGCAAUGAAUCAUCCAGAAGCUGUGCCGCCACCAUUCUAGAGAAGACAAAAGGAGAUAUUAAUAAGGCGCUGGAUAUUUACUUCUGUAAUCAUGAGGGUGACCUUGGUGACUCCAACAAAUCAGUUCUGGUGCAGAGUAGUGUCAACAACUGCUCUCCUGGCCAAAAGAAGAAUGUGCUAGAGAAAGAACAUGUUCCUGAUAUCUCUUUGCAGUCAACGUUAACAAAGGAUGUGGAUGCAACUCCUGUAUCACUACCUCCAGAAAAAUACAAUCCUAUAGAGCAUGCAUGCUGGAGGAGUGGACAACCUGCUCCAUAUAUACAUCUUGCAAGAACUUUUGAUCAACUAGAGGAUGAAAAAGGGAAGAUAAAAGCUACUUCUAUGUUGUGUAAUAUGUUCAGAAGUUUACUGGCCUUGUCUCCUGAGGAUGUGCUGCCCACUGUGUAUUUGUGCACAAAUAAGAUUGCUGCAGACCAUGAAAAUAUAGAACUAAACAUUGGUGGAAGUUUGGUCUCCUCAGCACUGGAAGAGGCAUGUGGUACAAACCGGACCAAAUUAAAGGAGAUGUAUAACAAGAUUGGUGAUCUUGGUGAUGUUGCUCAAGAAUUCCGACAAACACAAACAUUACUUGCCCCUCCUUCGCCGCUUCUAAUUAGAGAUGUAUUUUCUGCACUCCGAAAGAUAAGUGUACAGACAGGCAGUGGAAGUACCGUUCGAAAGAAAAAUGUUAUUGUGAAUCUCAUGUGUUCUUGUAGAGAGAAGGAGAUGAAGUUUCUUGUUAGAACUUUGGUCAGAAAUUUACGGAUUGGAGCAAUGAUGAGAACUGUUUUACCCGCUCUAGCUCAAGCCGUUGUUUUUAAUUCCUCCCCUAACUUUUACCAUGAAGGAAAAGUAGACAAUUUGAAGGAGAAUCUUCAGUUCCUUUCUGCAGCCGUAGUUGAAGCCUAUAAUAUACUCCCCAAUUUGGAUCUGGUUGUUCCUUCUCUCAUGAACAAAGGUGUCAAGUUUUCUUCUUCGACUUUGUCAAUGGUUCCAGGAAUACCCAUCAAGCCUAUGCUUGCAAAAAUCACCAAUGGUGUUCCUCAAGCACUGAAGCUCUUCCAGAAUAAAGCUUUUUCAUGUGAAUAUAAAUAUGAUGGUCAGCGUGCCCAAGUUCACAAAUUAGUUGAUGGAACUAUUCGCAUAUUUUCACGAAAUGGAGAUGAAUCGACCUCAAGAUUUCCGGAUGUGAUUAAUAUAAUAAAGGAAUCAUGCAGGCCUGCUGCAAUGACUUUCAUUCUGGAUGCGGAGGUUGUUGCAGUUGAUAGGAAGAAUGGCUUCAAACUUAUGUCUUUCCAAGAAUUAUCUUCUCGAGGGAGAGGAAGCAAAGAUAACUUGAUUACUGUGGAUAGCAUAAAGGUUGACAUUUGCGUGUUUGUCUUCGAUAUCAUGUUUGCUAAUGGACAGCAGCUGUUGGGUUUCUCUCUCCGCAAAAGACGAAAAUAUUUGAAGGAUUUGUUUCAUGAUGAGAAGUUGGGAUAUUUCGAAUAUGCAAAGGAAAUGACAGUUGAAGCAGAUGAUGCUUGUUUGACCAAUGAAGUCACAUUAAAUAAGAUAAGCUCUUUUCUUGAAGAUGCAUUCCGCUCCUCAUGUGAAGGGCUUGUGGUUAAAUUAUUAGAUUUUGAUGCUGAAUAUUCUCCAUCUAAGCGGACUGACACAUGGUUAAAGGUCAAGCGAGACUAUGUUGAAGGAUUGUGUGAUUCUCUUGAUUUAGUCCCAAUUGGUGCCUGGCAUGGAAAUGGGAGAAAAGCUGGAUGGUACAGUCCAUUUCUUAUGGCAUGUUACAACCCUGACACGGAAGAAUUCCAAAGUGUAUGCCGCGUCAUGUCCGGGUUCUCUGAUUCUUUUUACAUAGAGAUGAAAGAUUUCUUUUCUGGGGACAAGAUUCUGUCCAAAAAGCCUCCUUAUUAUCGAACAGCUGAGGUGCCUGAUAAGUGGUUUUCGCCAGAACUUGUUUGGCAAAUAAGAGGUGCAGACUUCACACUUUCACCAGUUCAUCAGGCUGCCAUUGGUUUAGUUCAUCCAUCUCGUGGUAUUUCAAUACGAUUCCCCAGAUUCAUCAAUCCUGUGUCUGAUAGAAAUCCAGAAGAAUCCAGCACAGCUGCAGAUAUAGCCGAAAUGUUUCAAUCUCAGACUCGAAAGAUGGAUGUGACAUCUGAAGCUUGAUUAUUUUGGUUUUCAGGUACAUUAGCUGCUUUUCUAGUUCAAACAAUUGAAUGUACAGUGUACAGAGGAUGAUGCAGUUCCAAAUUUUGUAUGUACAGUCUGAGAAAAUUUGGUAGUAAUGUUGUAGCCUUGUAAACUUGUAGAUUAAGGGUUUCAUCUCGUUUCAAAUAACUUUGUUCCAA